AAAACCUCACUAAGCUUUUUCAAAGAUUCGACGAUGAAGAUAAUAAAUCUUUGCGAGUGUUUUAUAUUUUAUAACACAUUUUUGUUCUCAUUUACCCACGGAUCUGUUAAAAAGGGCGUUGGUGUUGACCCUCGUGGAUUUCUGUGUGAUGACUUUAAGGCGUUAAACAACAUGUUUUGGUGGUACGAUUGGGGUGCAAAUCUUGAAAAUAUUCGUAAAAACAGCAAUUGCUCUAACAUCUACCGAUACAUUGACAACUUUAUCCCAAUGAUAUGGGGGCGCUGGACAGUACGUAAUGUUAGUAUACCAGACCAAGCCGCUUACUUGCUAGGUUUUAAUGAGCCAAACCAUUUCGAGCAAUCUAAUCUCACUGCGUUGGAGGCAGCUAACUAUUGGCCAGAUAUUGAGAAACUUGCAAAUGGACGACUUCUCGUAAGCCCAGCAGCUGCCCAAUGUGGUGGACCUAAGUGUCACGGCAAUACAACUCAGUGGUUUGAUAAGUUCUUCAUGUACUGUCGAGGUUGUAGGGUUGAUUACCUAGCAACGCAUUACUACAGUUGUAAUGUAGAUGAUACAAUGGCUUUCCUAAAAAAUCUGUUCGAGCGAUAUGGAAAGAAAAUAUGGCUCACAGAAUUUGCCUGUCCAUAUGCGGUUAGUCCUGCCAAAGAACUAAAAUUUAUGAAAGAACUACUCCCGAAACUGGAAGCAGCUCCGUUUAUAUUCAGGUAUGCGUGGUUUGCUUCUCGUAUAAAGAAAGGAACUUUUGUCACUCCCGCCUCAAGCUUGCUACAAUCCGACUCGUCUACACUUACAACACUUGGGUCAUUUUACAACGAUUUCACAACGAACGAAAAUGCAACAGAACCUUCAUCAAAUGCAACAGAACCUUCAUCAAAUGCAACAGAACCUUCAUCAUGGUUUAGGAUGCUUCUUAAAGGACUCAGAUGGAUAUGGACCUUUGUUUUAAGUAUAUAGAAAGUAGAUUAUGAUAAACAUUUGCAAACAUACCAAAAUAAAAAAGAAAUAUUU